UCCUCGUUCACAAACAUGGCGGGUGUGAGGUGGCUGAUACUAACUGCGGCUGUGUCAGGGUGGUGGAUUCAACUCAUACUGGGUACCAGCUGCCCAGGAGGAAAGUUCGGAGACACCUGCAGCUACUCAUGUCACUGUACUCCGCCCUGUAACCCGACAACCGGAGUCUGUAACGGUGCAUGUGAUCGAGGCUGGUUUGGUGGGAGUGGGCAAACCUGUCAGAGAGGGAACGUUGCCUACAACAAGACAGCAACUUCGUCCAAAACUGAAUACGUAUCUAGUGGCUGGACUGCAGACAAAGCUGUAGAUGGGAACCGGAACCAGUAUGUGAGCAGCAACUCCUGCUUCCACUCUUCUCUUUCCCAUGGAGCUGUGUGGACAGUGGACCUUGGCCAGCAGUACAGGAUACAUGACGUCAGGAUAUACAACCGGGCAGGAAAUAUUGAGCGGAUCAGGACUGCUGUCCUCUCCCUGAGUAACUCCAAUAGCUCCACACCCGGAGUCACCUGCUACACCUUACCCUCUGACACACCUCAAACAACCAACAGCGUGUACGACGUGACGUGUGACGGCACAGGGAGAUACUUCACCAUCACACACAGCGCACUGCUAAAUCUAUGUGAGGUGGAAAUUUAUGUGUGCUCAAAUGGAAUUUAUGGACAGAAGUGCAGCAACUACUGCACUGACAGGAAAUGUGAAGGAGGAUCACCAUGUGAUCACGUUCGAGGGACUUGUGUUUCCGGGUGUGAGCCAGGGUGGAUUGAUGAAGACUGUAGGGGAGCAUGCUCAAGUGGAAGUUAUGGACAGAACUGCAGCAACUCUUGUGCUGACAGGAAGUGUACAGGAGACUCGCCAUGUGAUCACAUAAGCGGGACAUGUGUUUCCGGGUGUGAGCCAGGGUGGAUUGGUGAAGACUGCAGUGAAGCAUGCUCAAGUGGAAGUUAUGGACAGAACUGCAGCAACUCUUGUACUGACAGGAAGUGUACAGGAGACUCGCCAUGUGAUCACAUUAGAGGGACAUGUGUUUCCGGGUGUGAGCCAGGGUGGAUUGGUGAAGACUGCAGUGAAGCAUGCUCAAGUGGAAGUUAUGGACAGAACUGCAGCAACUCUUGUGCUGACAGGAAGUGUACAGGAGACUCGCCAUGUGAUCACAUAAGCGGGACAUGUGUUUCCGGGUGUGAGCCAGGGUGGAUUGGUGAAGACUGCAGUGAAGCUUGUGAUAAAGAACAUUACGGAGCUAACUGUAAGAAGACUUGUGCCUCCAGACAGUGUGUGGGGAACUCUUCCUGUAACUCAACAGGGGACUGUGACACUGGGUGUGAGACGGGGUGGACAGGAGCGGACUGUACAGCUUCUACAUCCCCGGCUGUGCCUGUCGCGGCAGUUGGUGGUGCUGUGGCCGGCCUUGUCCUGUUGGUCCUGGUGCUGGUCCUCCUCAUCAUCAUCAGGAGGAGAAGAAACAGAGGGAAUAAGUCUCCUGAUGGACCAGUAUUUGGUGAGACGUCCCCUAGGAAUAGAAAGCUCCAAGGAACUGAUGACGUUUACAUGAAUGUUGGUUUUGAGGAGAAUGAAUCCGUGCUCAAGAAAAAACAAACUCUGACUAUUGGUGACAAAGAUCACGGCCAUCCAGAGCAUCCUCAGGAAGCUGAUUCCCAGAGUGUGGCCAACCAAGAGGAAGAAGACUACGACGCCCAUGUUAACAUACAUCCGAAGGGGGAAGCAGCACCGGGUGUCUCAGGAUGUAACUAUUACAACUUAGGCGACCUUGGUCACGUGAUUCCAUUGUCUUCUCUGGAGGCAAGAGUACGUGAAAUUGAAAAUCAUCCCCAAGAGGCAUUCGAGCGCUUGCCAGACGGAUUUGUCCACAGUUACGGAGAAUCUCAGAAGGCAGGGAACAAAGGGAAGAACAGAUUCAAGGGAUACUAUCCAUAUGACUACAACCGUGUGGUGUUGCACGACGACAGUGACGGCUGCAGAGGCGACUACAUCAACGCCAGCUACCUAGAUGGAUAUAAAACUGACAAUCGAUACAUUGCAGCACAAGGUCCCUACAAGUCGGACAUUGUCGAGGAUUUCUGGAGGAUGAUUUGGCAAGAAGGGUGCACGUCUAUUGUCAUGGUAACAGGGUUGGUGGAAGCCGGCAAGGUGAAGUGCCUUCAGUAUUGGCCUUCGGAGAAAGGACCAGAGAAGUUUGGUGACGUUAUGGUUACGGUGGAAACAGAGACACGACUAGCCAACUACACCAUCACCAAGUUGGCUGUUGAGAAUGAAAAGGAAAGCGAGAGACGGGAUAUCUACCACCUUCACUUCACCAGCUGGCCAGAUCAUGGUGUGCCGGACACUGCUGCCCUGCUGGACUUCAUGUGGAGGGUCAAGGUCAUAUCUGGACAACAAACAGAGCCGAUCAUAGUCCACUGCAGUGCUGGUAUAGGUCGGACAGGGACGUACAUCGCUAUUGAGUGUCUUGUGGAACAGGCUAAGACAGAGGGCGUUGUGGACGUCGUCAGCUUCGUGUCCAACAUGAGAGGGCAGAGGAAGAACAUGAUUCAGACAAAGGAGCAGUACCUGUUCGUGUACCAGGCGGUGGCGAGGGCGGUGACAGAGGGUGACACGUCAUUGGAUUCUGACGUCAUCAGAGAGAUGAACCUGGAUCACGUGUCAGACUUUGCUAUUGGAAAUAGGACUGUUCAACAACAUAUCAAGAUCUUGCAGAGUGAAUUUCAAGACCAACCUGACGAUUCAUCCUGUACCAAAUAUAUUUUAAACGAAGAAAACAGUGAUAAAAAUAUUGUGUGUGCGUAUUUACUCUUCGAAUGA